AUGAAGAAGUUCCGAAAGGUGCUGGAUGGUUUGACCACCUCCUCUCCGGUUAAUACUGGUGGCUCACCGUCGUGCGGUAGCGCGGCCGGGACUCCCACUGCAGCACCGACUCCUCGGGAGCUCGAGAUUCAGGAAACGUUGGUGUCGGAGAACUUUCAGAUCUGUAAGACAGUGCGUCAUGGCUUCCCUUACCAGCCCACCGCUCUGGCCUUUGACCCAGUGCAGAAAAUCCUGGCUAUCGGCUCACGUUCUGGAGGAGUGCGGAUUCUGGGACGACCAGGGGUGGACUGUUACUGUCAGCACGAGAGUGGAGCAGCUGUGAUUCAGCUUCAGUUCCUCAUCAAUGAGGGGGCGCUGGUCACAGCCUGCGCAGAUGAUACACUGCACCUCUGGAACCUCAGGCAGAGACGUCCAGCCAUCCUACACUCACUCAAAUUCAACAGAGAGAGGAUCACCUUCUGCCAUCUUCCCUUUCAGAGCAAAUGGCUUUACGUUGGGACAGAACGCGGGAACACACACAUUGUCAAUAUCGAGUCCUUCAUCCUGUCGGGAUACGUCAUCAUGUGGAACAAGGCCAUAGAGCUAUCCACUAAGACGCACCCUGGCCCCGUCGUUCACCUGAGUGACAGCCCAAAGGAUGAGGGGAAGUUGCUGAUAGGUUUUGAGAGUGGUACCAUUGUGAUGUGGGACCUCAGGGCGAAGAAGGCUGACUUCAGAAUCUACUAUGACGAGGCCAUUCACUCAGUGAGUUGGCACCAUGAGGGAAGGCAGUUCAUGUGUAGUCACUCUGAUGGGAGUCUGACCAUGUGGAACCUGAGGAACACAGCCAAGCCCUUCCAGGUCACCUUUCCACACGGUAAAACUCCGAGAGACAGCAGGAAAGAGUCAUGUAAGCCCAUUCUGAAGGUGGAAUACAAGACCUGCAGGAACAGCGAACCUUUCGUCAUCUUCUCUGGUGGCCUGUCGUAUGACAAGGCAGGCCGGAGGCCUACACUGACCAUCAUGCACGGCAAAGCCAUCACAGCUCUGGAGAUGGACCAUCCAAUCGUAGAGUUCCUGGUACUGUGUGAGACUCCCUAUCUUAACGAGGUCCAGGAACCCUAUGCAGUAGCAGUGCUGUUGGAGAAAGAUUUCAUUGUCGUGGAUCUCACCCAGAGCAAUUUUCCCAUCUUUGAGAACCCAUAUCCAAUGGAUAUCCACGAGUCUCCGGUCACCUGCACGGCGUACUUCGCCGACUGUCCCCCUGACAUCAUCCCAGCUCUGUACUCCAUAGGAGUCAAACACAAAAAGACUGGCUACAGCCACAAGGAAUGGCCAUUGAGUGGUGGUACAUGGACGCUUGGCUCUCAGACAUACCCAGAAAUCAUAAUUACAGGACAUGCAGACGGAUCAAUAAAGUUUUGGGACGCUACAGCCAUCACUCUGCAGAUGCUGUACAAACUGAAGACGUCGAAGGUGUUUGAGAAGCCCAAGGGUGGAGAGGUGGGGCGGAGUGCGGAGCUGGUGGAGGAAGACCCUUACGCCGUCCAGAUGAUCAGCUGGUGUCCUCAGAGUCGAAUCUUCUGUGUGGUGGGGAUCAGUGCCCACGUCAUACUCUACCGCUUCAGUAAACAUGACGCCAACACCACCAUCACUUCUCUGGAGGUACGCUUGCAGUGUGAGAUGGAGGAUGUCAUUUCUCCGUCAGACACCGAAAACACGCCCUGCUUCUCUGACCCCAGUGGUCAUUCGCCUCAGGCCCCCAGUCCUCGCAGCACCACCCCUGACGGCAUGCGGGACAGCGUGCCCUGUCUCAAGGUGAAGGAUCGUGCGAUUCGGAUGCCCCCUGGUUACCAGGCCGAGCUUGUGGUGCAGUUGCUAUGGGUUGAUGGAGAGCCACCUCAGCAAAUCACCAGCUUAGAUUUAAACUCCGCCUAUGGCCUGUUGGCUCUUGGUAACUGUAAUGGCCUGGCUGUGGUGGAUUACCUACAGAAGACUGUGUUGUUGUGCAUGAACACUCUGGAGCUGUACGGAUCCGCUGAUCCUUUCCAACGGCUCACACGCUCGCCACGCAAGAGCCGCCAGUCAACGUCAGAGUUUUGCAUGCGCGGCCUGUCUAACUUUUAUUCCGAUUCAAAGAAACGGAUUCGUACCUCCUACCAGAGCCUUACAGAACUCUCCGACAACCAGGUGUCUCUGGACCUAGAGCGAAGCAAAUCGCCCACCUCAGAUCAUGUGAAUGGACAUUGCACUAGUCCCACCUCCCAGCCCUGCGCAGCGGGGAGACCCCGGGUCCCUGGGGGCCCCGAGGGGCCACGCCUGGGUCGCAGGGGGCCCGGCCGACCGCCCUUCCGAAAGGCCCAGUCCGCAGCAUGCAUGGAGGUCUCUUUGCCUGUGUCCUCCCUCACGGAAGAAAGUCGGGAGAACUCGUUUAGUCGUUCGCGGAGUUCCAGCGUGUCCAGUAUCGACCGUGACACAAAGGAGGCGGUGACCACGCUGCAGUUCGGAGAAUCGUACGGCCGUAAGUCGGACGCGUUGCCGACGCCCUGUCUGUGGGUAGGCACCAGCCUUGGCCUGGUGCUACUUAUACCCAUGUCCAUCCCUACAGACGACCAGGAGCGCCUAGAGGAGCCCGUAACCAUAGCGCCCACUGGUUCGGUCUUAACGCUGAAGGGCUCGGUGCUGCGAUUCGGUUUCCUGGACUGCUCGGGCGCCGUCAUUCAGAGCCCUCACGAAGUUUGGCGGGAUCCCCAAGCUUCCGAAGACCCGGAACGACAACGGCGCAGGAAACUGGUCAACUUCUCGCCCCUGUCCUCCCAGGAAGCGUGCGGCGAGGGUCACCUGGCCGUCGUCUGCUCCGAGCGGCAGGCCACCGUCUUCCUCAUGCCCUCCCAGGCGCGCCUGUACGUGCACAACAUCACCGAGUCGUCCUUCGUCCUGCGCGCCGACGUGGUGAGCGUGUGCAACAGCGUCUGCCUGGCCUGCUUCUGCGCCAACGGUCACGUCAUGACCCUCAGUCUACCCAGCCUGAGGCCACUGUUGGAUGUGAACUACCUGCCGCUGACAGACAUGCGAAUCGCUCGAACUUUCUGUUUCACAAACGGAGGACAGGCUCUAUACCUCAGUUCCCCUACUGAGAUCCAGCGCAUCACCUACAGCCAAGAGAUGUGUGACAACCUACAGGAAAUGCUGGGUGAGCUCUUUACACCUAUAGAGACUCCUGAGGCUCAGAACAGAGGCUUUCUGAAGGGCUUCUUCGGGGGAAACACCCAGACCUUCGAUCGUGAGGAGCUGUUCGGGGAGGCAGCGGCGGGUAAGGCGUCUCGCAGCCUGGCACAGCACAUCCCCGGGCAGGCCGGGAUGGAGGGCAUGAAGGCAGCAGCGGGGGGUGCGGUCGGUGACCUGGCCCGCGCUCGCAUUGCCCUGGACGAGAGAGGACAGAGACUGGGGGAACUGGAGGAGAGGACCGCCCUCAUGAUGGCCAGCGCUGAGACCUUCUCCAAACACGCUCACGAGCUGAUGCUGAAAUGCAAAGACAAGAAGUGGUAUCAGUUUUAG